AUGCCUCGCCAAUUCUUCAUCGGUGGUAACUUCAAGAUGAACGGUACUGCGGAAAGCAUUACCGGCAUCAUCAAGAACCUCAACGACUCCAAGCUCGACGAGUCGUCCGAGGUCGUCAUCUCCCCUCCCGCCCUCUACCUGCUUCUCGCUCGCCAGGUCGCCAACGAGAAGAUCGGUGUGGCUUCCCAGAACGUCUUCGACAAGCCCAACGGUGCUUUCACUGGUGAAAUCUCCGUGGACCAACUCAAGGAUGCUAAGAUCAACUGGACCAUCAUUGGACACAGCGAGCGUCGUGUUAUCCUGAAGGAGUCCGACGAGUUCAUUGCCCGUAAGGUCAAGGCUGCUGUUGCCGGUGGCGUCAGCGUUAUUUUCUGCAUCGGUGAGACUCUUGAGGAGCGUGAUGCCGGUAAGACCAUCGAGGUCGUCACCAAGCAGCUCAACGCUGCCGCUAAGGAGCUCUCCAAGGAGCAGUGGGAGAAGGUUGUCAUCGCCUACGAGCCCGUCUGGGCCAUCGGUACCGGCAAGGUCGCUACCACCCAGCAGGCCCAGGAGGUCCACGCCGCUAUCCGUAAGUGGCUGAACGAGACCAUCUCCGCCGAGGCUGCCGACAACACCCGCGUCAUCUACGGUGGCUCCGUCAGCGAGAAGAACUGCAAGGAGCUCGCCCAGGAGCCCGAUGUUGAUGGUUUCCUGGUUGGCGGUGCCAGCUUGAAGCCUGCCUUCGUCGACAUCAUCAACGCCCGUCUGUAA